AUGCCACAAUUAACUGAGCAGCAUCUUCAUGACACAGUUGCAAAAUAUGAUAGAAGUACACUUCCUGGAACAUCUGAUACAAAUGUCACCACAGCUUUUUUUUUCCUAAUCUUCAGUUACCUGGCUCCAAGUAUCAGAGUAACAAUGAUAAUCAAUUCUGUGUAUCCCACCCUGGAUCAAAUCUCAAGAAUAGUCUCUUCUGCUUUUCUACUUAUGAAGAAGGUAAUUCUUCAGGCACCAACCACAAGCAUAUAUGCUCGGAUAGUGGUGCAGAGCAUGACAAAGAAUAUCAAAUUAGCCAACAAUGCUCAAAAUCUAUUGCUAAAACACAUAAAGGCAACAAACGUUCAAGGUGGAAAAAUUCCAGAUGGAAUUGAAGCAUUGAAAUGCAUCAGCAAUGAACUAGAUAUACUGGCUCCCAAACCAAAUUGCAGCUACUGCGAAGCAAAAAAACUUCACUCUGAAACACCAAAUUUCUGCUGCUCUGCUGGUCAGAUAGUUCUCCAACAGAACAAAUUUUCAGAUAUUCUCAUCGAACUAUAUACUGGUCAUUCUGCUGAAGCUCUUUCUUUUAGAACAUAUGUCAGAACAUAUAAUAACAUGUUUGCCUUCACCUCUUUCGGAGUACAUUAUGACAAAUCCCUAUGCAGAAGAACUAAUGGUAUCUACACAUUCAAAGUUCAGGGACAAACCUAUCACUUCAUCAAGGAUCUCAUUCCACAUGAGCAGAAAACUGUUUAUUUGCAGCUAUAUUUUCAUGAUACGGAGCACGAGCUAGAAAAUAGACUGGCUACAUCAGAGAAGCUAACAGAGAGUGCGUCUCACUCAGAGAAUGAUCAGAGAGUUUGGAAUCAACCAACUGCAUCCCAAAUUGCAGCCUUAUGGGUAGAGGGCCAAAAAUCUGGAAAAAGAUACAAAAGGCACAUCCAAAUCUAUACUAAAGAAGGCAAAGAUCAUCUGGUGCAAUAUUAUUAUGGAUGCUAUGAUCCAUUGCAGUAUCCGCUGCUGUUUCCAUUUGGAGAGACAAGAUGGCAUCCUGAAGAACUAAUAGGAGCUGAACACCAAGCUUUUGACAAUCCUGAAAACAAUAAAGAGUUUGUAUCUAUGCGUGAGUAUUACGCAUACAAGUUGCAGAUGCGAAAAAAGUAUACUCCAGGCAUACUCAGCACCGGCUGGCUACUUCAACAAUAUGUCAUCGAUAUGUACAUCAAAAUAGAAUCCCAGAGGCUUGACUAUUACAGAAGCAGACAACAGUUAAUAAGAAGAGAGGAACUUCAAGGCAUAAUGGACAGUGUCAUCGCAGGACAUUGCCAAGGAUCCAAAAUAGGUCAGCGAGUUAUUCUUCCAGCAUCAUUCAUAGGUGGUCCUCGCGACAUGAGAAGAAGAUAUGUUGAUGCUAUGACUCUUGUGCAAAAAUUUGGCAAACCAGAUCUAUUCAUCACUAUGACAUGCACUCCUUCACGGCCUGAGGUGAAAAAACACAUGCUCCCUACUGAUGAAGGCCAUAACAGACCAGACUUAUUGGCUCGAGUUUUCCAUGCUAAGCUUGAUCUUCUAAAGGAGCAGCUCUUUAAGAAACAAAUAUUUGGAUCAGUCGCAGCUUAUACCUAUGUUGUUGAGUUCCAGAAACGUGGUCUACCGCAUGGUCAUUUCCUCAUAAUCCUAGAGACAGCUUCAAAACUUUAUUCCACUGAAUCUUAUGAUAAAAUCGUCAGCGCAGAAAUUUCAGAUAUAACAGCAAAUCGACAUUUAUUCAGUAUGGUUUGA